CACUAUUUUUUUCUCGCCCAUUUGAUUCGGUAAUAAAAACCCGAUAUUGUGUCUCAUUUACUGGGUAUCUGUGUGGUGCCAACUAUAGCGAGUGGAUCUGUGGGACAAUGUGUAUCGUAUGGCUGAAGCACGUAAUCUCGCACGACCGAUACAUGUUUAAUACACGUUGAUACUUGCAGUCUGGGAUAUUAUCUGCGGUACUGGCAACCCUGUUUACAUUAUCCCGGCCUCUACAGAUCUGACAAUGAGAUUGGAGUUUGCAUAAAACGAGACUAAAUUAUGACGCAAGUUAAAGACCUUUACGACUUCCUAGUCGAGUCAGAACUUGACCACUACUACAAUGACUUCACCGGCAAAAUGCGCGUCACCAGUCCACAGCAGCUCAAGUUUGUUGAGGACGAUGACCUUAUUGAUAUCGGGAUGUCCAAGCCGGAGAUAAGGAGACUCAAGAAAUGCUAUCACAAGGAGUUUCCCAAAGGAACAUUUGGAAAGAUUAAGAAGAGGUUUUCAAGAGAUCCAUCAAAAAAUAGAAUGUCAAUACCAAAAUCACCAACAUACGAAAACAACCGAGUUGGAAAACACAUAAUCCCGGCACAAUCCAUCACCCAGCUACACCGUGAGCUAGGCAAGGGUGAGUUCGGCAAAGUCAUGCAAGGCAUCUGGACAGAUGAGCAAGGGCAAAGGAUUCAGGUGGCAAUUAAAUGUCUAAACAAGGAUCGUCUUGAGACUGGGGAACAUGAUUUUUUGAAGGAGGCAACGAUAAUGCAUUCGCUAGACCACGAGAAUCUUGUCAAGUUGUACGGAGUUGUCUUAGACUCUGAGAAUUCACUUAUGCUGGUGACGGAGUUAGCUCCACUGCGAUCAUUAGCGGAAUGCCUAAAGGAGCCUUCUCUCCGUGGAAGCUUUCCUAUUACAACGUUAUGUGAUUUUGGUGUCCAAAUAGCAUCUGCCAUGGAAUACCUUCAUAGUAAGAACGUUAUUCAUAGAGAUUUGGCAACACGGAAUAUUCUUGUUUUUUCAAAAGAUAAGAUUUUAGAAGCAAUUGAUAAACCAAACUACCAGCGACUUGAGAUUCCAGACUGUUGUUCACCAGAAAUUUACGAUUUGAUGAUGAGGUGCUGGGAUCAUGAACCCCACAAACGUCCCACAUUCUCGCAAGUUGGCGAGGAUCUCAUCAAAGCUCGUCCAAUGCAGUUUCAGGCUGUAUCAGAGUUCUCUGCAGACAAACCAGAACAGCUUUCAUACAAUGCUGGCGAUAUAAUAUCAGUUUUGAAGAAACAGUCGCAUGUGAUUGGCUACUGGAAAGGUGUGUUAAAUCGCAGUGGAAAGGUUGGGCUUUUCCAUCCAGUUAACAUGACUACGGUAGAGACAAAAACUCACGAUACACCAAAGGCCAAAGUUCAACGACGUCACACUGGUAAAGGAGCACAGAAGAAAAGGAGGAGUCGAAGUCUAAGAGUUGAGGACAUCAGCCUACCGCAAGAUGACUUUGAGCAUCGUGUCCACAUUGGAGUGGGAGAGGGCGACGUCUUUGGGGAUAUGGCUUUCCUAGAUUCAAAAUACCAUCUACUACCAAUUCAGAACAGUCAGCUGGAUACAACCAGCAUUAAGUCUGGCUCAGAUUUUGGAUCAGACACUCCGAUCCCGCCACUCCGUCGCCCCGACGUUAUAGACAUCGCCCACCCUUCAUCUGCAGCUAGCUCGGUUGAUAACAUGAAACUUAAUUCACCACACUCUUCCGAUCAUCCCGAUGUUAGCAUGCGCACAGAAUUCUCGGACACAAGUGGACAGAGUUUGACGGGGAUCUCAUAUGCAAGCUCUGGGAUUUCGGAUCAUUCGCAUGAGGAUAGCGGCGUCACUGCAGAUGUUGAUAUUCACGUUUCACCACCUGAAAGUGCUGGAUACAGUUAUAGUGGCAGUGAUGGAAAGACAGAAAGCUCAACAAUUGGUGAUAGUCUUUUAUCUGAUGAAGGUUUAACGCUUGGAUUGGAUUUUGAUUUUGGCUCAUCUCUUCUGGAUGAUAUGAUGAGUGCAUGGGAGGAGACAAGCCGAUCAACAAUUAUAGAAGAGGACGAGGAAAAGGCGGAAGAUGAGGAAAAUGAUGAACAAACAAAUGGGACCACCGAACAUUCUCACUCUCAGUCUAUUGAUGCACAGUUUAAAUCAUUAACAUUCGCAAAUAAUUUUAAAGAAUUGAAUGGUAAUAAUAAUUCAAAUUCCCGUAGCCCGGUGAAAAGUAAUGGUGACAUAGAUGUACAGACACCAAAUGGUGCUAUUGACUCUACUCCUGUAGAACCAUACGCAAGUAACUUAAACGGAAGACUUGAUUCCGUAGAUAAAACACCUGAUGGUGAUUCAUUCUCCGCAGGGUUUGAGGUUAAUAUUAAAAGCGAUGAAACCCAUUCAUAUUCCUCAUCAAGAUUUAAUUCAAGCCAUGACGAUUUGGACAUAUCAAUGGUCACAAAACCCCCAACACCUAAACAUAUGUUACCCGACAAAAGUCUGAAAGUUAGUGAUGCUACUGUCGAAAUAAAUAAAACCGGUACAGGAACAAGGACUACAUUGCAUAUUCAUGACUACGAAGACGGAAUAUCUCAGUCUUCCCGGCCGUCAAAUACGAUAGAAAAUGAUCGAAGUCAAAGUAGUUCAGAGCGUGGAUCUGCCGAAUCUUCACCUCGUUAUGACACAAGCCCUGAUGUGAAUUCCAACAUGCGUAAAAAUAGACUGCGUGAACUGCAGGAACGAUACAGAACCGAACCAUCACCGCCACCUACACCGCGAGAGGACACAGACAAACCAAAACUCACAAUAAACAUUAAUAGUAAAUCAAAUGAAACAGACGAUAGUGUUGUUUUAAGUCCGAACUUGAUUGAAAGUAUGAACAAAGUUUUGCCAAAGCGUACACGUCGGCCUUUCGGAGAGAAGAAAAUCCGCCGUAGAAGCUUUGGCGAAAGUGAUAAUAAAUCUCCACUGCAUCAAACAGAAACUGGUGCAGAGAUUCAGGCUGCUAACCAUACCGGAAUUGUUCUUCCGGGACUAGCAGAGGAUGAUAACGAGCAGACUAACAGUAGAAGGAACCCAGUCCCGUUGCCCCCUCGUGAGCCACUUUCAAUCCAGUGGCCGCUCAAGAAGCUCCGGCAGCGAAGAUCUACCCCAGCCUCUAGCCAGAGUAUGACCCAAUUACCCCAAGAAGAGGAAAAUUACGAGGACGACAUUACAACACCACCGGAGCUACCCGAGAGGCUUGGCAAGCGAAGUAAAAGUCUCUCUGUUAAUUAUAAACAAACCGUUUAUCAUCUACACACACCGUCCAUAGUAACACCACUUAACUCAAAUGAGAGUAAUACAGAUAUGCCUGUGCUUCCACCCCCACCACGACCUGAAAAACCAAAAUCAUUGUCACUUGAUGUUGAGGGAAACUUCAUUAAGAUGUCACCAGUUAUGGCGCGUCAGUUAAUCAGUCAUAAAAAACAAAGAUCGUUGGAUUCUAUGCUGGCGGAUAUGCCAAAAGAAGAUCCUCCACCUCCACCACCCAAACAGGGAGCCAUGAAAAAAGAACUUAUCCGCGAGACUCACUAUGAGUUAAUGCUGCCAAGGAAAGAACGCAUUGAAGAAGAUUUAUACACUGAUAUGAGUCCACCUGAAGCUAAAGAUUUUUUAUCAAUGUCGAAUGGACCAUUGAGACAGAAGUCGUUUACUAAUGAGGAGAGAAUAACAAUGGCAAAUAGGUUGAUUGAAGAACGCCGCCAACAACGUUGCGUGGUGAAACAGUCUGGUAGCAUUGAUGACUUGUCAAAGUGUUCACAGCAGACAGAUGGCACAGUGGCGAAGGUAGAAAAACUUGAGGAUGUACUGUCAAGAACUUACAAAACAGGAACACCUUCCCAGGACAAAGAUAAGGAGUACAUGGACAUGAAAUAUCCCGCGCAGGAUAAAACUGACGAGGCUCAGAUGAUGAAGAAACAACUUCCUAAAGAAAUAACAGUUGAAAAAUGUCAAAAAGCAUUAAAAGUUUCAGAUGGAAAUGUUGAGGAAGCAAUAAAAAGGUUAAAGGUUGAACACCUCUCAUUAACAUAUUUUACCGAGCGACACAAGUGUAAGGAAGUUUUAGAAGAUAAUGCAUGGGACUUGGAUAAAGCUGGAGAUGCUCUGUUGGGUUCCCCUAGUAGGAGGUAACCAUCACUGCGCUUGUUGUCAAACAGUUGUGCUCUGUACUUCAAUUAUAAAUCGUUUUUGCUGGAUUGAAUGGGAAUUUGGUGAUUGCAGCGACUUAUUACUAUGCCAUGCUGAUUCCUCUGUUGUUUUGAACUGUGGGUCUGUUAACUGUAAUAUAAGUCAUGAUUGGGCAGUCAAAACAGGCUACAUGGUCAGUAUAAAAGGACAAAAUGGUUGGUACACUGCUGUUUUCAGAGAUUGAAAAUGGAAGGAUACAACAUAUGUGCCUAUAUUAGAGGAAUGUUGACUACAGUUCUGUUACUGAUUGAAAAUUAGAUGUUUAAGACUAUUCUAAAGCAAGUUGUCCUAGCUCAUGAGAGAGAGUGUAUUACUUUAUAAAUAACUCUUACAAAGGAUAUAAGUUUGCUGCUGUGUGCUUAUGGUGUUUUGUUGCUUGGUAUAAAAGUCAAGAAACUUUAGGUGCACACUGCUUUGGAACACUACUAUGCAAAAUUACUAGUUUGCUGUUAACAUUAUUGCAUGAGCAUAUUUAACAGGUUUUCAUAUUGGUUUACUGGUCUCUAAUAUUUUUUUGGAGGUGGGUGUGGGGUUUGGGGGAACAUUCACCAAGCUUUAAAUAUAUUUGGUGAACUCAGCAUGCGAUAUUAACUGGAUUUUUAUGCACUAUUUUUAUUGCAAGUAUUGUAAGGUGUACUUUAUCAGUCGAUUUUUGUAAUCAUGUUACAUAUUCAAUAUGUGGAAUGCCAUAUUGAUGGUAGAUACUAUAUUAACCAUCAUAUAAAUGCAAUGGUUAGUGCUAUCAUCUACAAUAUUAAAGACCAUGUUGAUACAAAAUGCUAUAGUAUUCAAAUAAAGAAUGGUUAUAUGAAUGCAAUGGGAAGAAUAUUUUUAUGAGGCGGAGCCAAGUUGAAUGAAACAGUCAAUAAAUAAACCAGUCAUAAUCGUCAAUAAUAAAGAACAUUCAGUAUCCUCAUUGGUGAAAAUAGACCAAUCAGAAACCUCAGUGGUGAAAAUAAACCAAUCAGAAUCUUCUAAGUUAAAAAUAGACCAAUCAAAAAAAAAACUAAUAUAAUCUUUAAAUGUAUUCAUGUUUUGUGUAUGUCACAAUCAAUAUAAUGUUUUCCAUCAUUCGUUAAAUGAUUUCUUACUCGGUGUUUUUAUCAUUUCUCGUAUUUACCAAAGCCAUAAUAUUGGUAAUUACUACCAGCAUGUUGGUAUUCAUUUACAGUCAUUCUUGCUAUUCACGUAUGCCACAUAUAUGGUAUUCACUAUCCGUAUGUUCACCAUAAUGGUAUAUAUUUUAAUGCUCACCAUGUGUUUUUGUACAUUAUCAUAUUAUUCAUUGACAUCCCAAUGUACACCAUCACCACAGCAUUUUUUAUAAAGCUCACGAACCUGUGGUGGUGUACACCAUCACCAUGGUAUUCAUUUCAAUUAUUCACUAAUACCAUGGUAGUUAUUGUAAUGCUAUGGUUUAUAUACCAUCACCAUGGUACAUUGCUAUUAUAAUUGCCAGCAUUCGUCCUAACUUGUAGCUGUGUUUGUUACUUAUUUCCUUACAAAGUAUUCAUCCUUUGUUUGGUAAAUGCUAAAUUUAAUAGUAAAUUAUUUAGCACCAAUGUUUUUGUACAUGAGGGGAAGGAAGUCACUGUAAGCUCUGUUACAUGAUUUUUGUACCCACAAAAUAAUAAUAGCGCUGUUAGUGGAAUGAAUAAGUAAUAUACUUUAAUGUGAUGUACUGUAAUAUUUGCCAAGUGUUCCAUUGGGAAACAUUGUAUUUGAUUAUUGGUACGUUUUGAUUAUUCAUUGCCUUUAAUAAUUCUUUAUAAAGAUGACAGUAUAUUCAAACGUUCUUGUGAAUGUGGUAACCAUUAAAAUAGGCAUCUCAUUUCUAUAACUAUAUUCACUUUAAAAAUGUAUGUAACUGAUGCAUCUUGAACCACACAUUAAUCUUGAUUAGGUGUAGUACAGCACAACACCAGUUAUAUUGCAGUUUGUAUUGUAUAAGUUAUUUAUUUAUUUUUUUUAAAUUUUAUUCUUAUUGGCUCAUUUCAAUUGAAUUCAAUUUGUAUUGCAACAUAAGCCAUCCUGGGCUACUAUCUGUCCAAAACUAUAGAGUACAAUUACAAAAACAAAAAAUAUAAUGUAUUCCUUAAUGCAAAGUUCCUGGUCACAUUCAUUGCCAAGUCUGCAAGGGUGUAGUUUUGGGGUAUUUUGUACUAAAGCCCUGCGGUAAUAAAUGUAAUAAUUGGACACGAAGACAACUAAAACAUUGACAGUAUAAUAACAAUUCAACUUUAUUAGCAAAACUAUAUAGCAAUUACAAAAGCACUACAAUGGAAGAAAGCAGAAAACCGGGUCACUCCAGAGGGCGAUAUACUACUGGCGCUGUAUAGUGCAUAAUGAAAAGCUGGUUGUUAAUUUAUAACGAAUUUAGUCUGAUUAGAUAAAAUUUAAACAAAACAAGCUAUCUUCUGAAAGAAAUAUUAAUCAUUUGAAACAUCCAUAUUGUUUUUAGUAAAUGUAUAUACUUAUGUUUAUAUCUCAGUUGGUAAUAUAUGAAAUUAACAAAUAGGUACUUUCUUCAUUGGGUCCAUAUCUGGAGACAUUAAUUUGGUCCCAUGAUAUAGUCACAUGUUAACUAUAGACCAAUAAUAGUUCUGUAUAUAAUCAUAUGCAGUUUCCUAUGGUGCAUAAUGUCGGUUCUUUGUAUAAUAAACGUCAUUGAUGAUAUAAUA